AUGGCACAUCGAGUCGGUGAGGAACUAAAUUUGACGUCUGGACAAGUUUCUUAUCAUAUACGAUAUGAUAAAGAAGUAACCAAAGAAACGUUGAUAAAGUUUAUGACAGACGGGAUAUUGUUACAAGAAAUAAAACAGGACUUUGAACUAUCAAAAUAUUCUGUCAUAAUUGUGGAUGAGGCUCAUGAACGUUCAAUUUACUCUGAUGUUAUUCUUGGUCUUAUAACAAUGGUAGUACGAUUACGUCGUCAAAGGUUUACCGAUAACAUACCAACAAAUGGUAAAGUACUUUCACCACUGAAAUUGAUUAUCAUGUCUGCAACUUUAAAAGUAGACGAUUUUGCUGAAAAUCGUCGUUUAUUUCCACACAAUCCGCCUCCAGUAAUUCAUAUCGAAUCACGUCAGUAUCCUGUAGCAUGUCAUUUUGCCAAAGUAACACAUCCAGAUUAUCUGAAGGCCGCAUUUCGAAAGGUUGUAUCAAUUCACAAGACUUCACCACCUGGUGGAAUUCUUGUAUUUGUCACUGGUCAGCAAGAAGCAAAUACACUUUGCAGUUGGCUUACAAGGGCUUUUCCAAAGAUGGAUGAUCAAAAAGUAAAUUUAACAAAUGAAAAAUCUAAUAAAGCUCAUAAACACCAGAAAGAAACGAAGAAAUUAAAAGAGUCUGUCAAUGCAACGGCUCCCUCAAAUUCAUUAGAUAGUACCGUUUUAGAAGAAAAAGACCAGUUUAACUCAGGCAUAGAUCUGAACAACUUUGAUAUUAUUCCUGUUGAUGAAGAAACGGAAAUUGGUCAUACUCGAAUUAAUUCUAAAGAAGUUAUUUCAACGAAAGAAAAACAGUCGAAUAAAGUUACUUAUGAGACGGUGAAUGAUAGUGAUGUUGAAGAGAUUGGUGAAGAUGAUGAUAUACUCGGGCAAAUUAAUGAAAUUCGUAAUGAAUCUUAUCCGGGACCAGUUUACGCUUUACCAUUUUAUUCAUUAUUAUCACCGGAGCACCAACAAAGUGUAUUUCAGCCACCACCUGAAAAUCAUCGUCUCAUUGUUGUUGCUACGAAUGUUGCAGAGACUUCAAUCACAAUCCCGAAUAUUCGAUUUGUUGUAGAUACUGGCAAGAUGAAAACCAAAGUUUAUGAACCAGCUACUGGGACUUCUAGUUUUGAAAUUAUCUGGAUUAGUCAAGCAUCCGCUGAACAACGUGCAGGAAGAGCUGGUCGUAUUGGGCCGGGGCAUUGUUAUCGUCUUUAUAGUUCACAAAUCUUUUCAAGCAUGAAACAAUUCUCUACUCCUGACAUACUUUCACGUCCUAUCGAUGAAGUGGUUUUAAUGUUAAAGCUUUACCUGGGUAAUACAAAAUUAACGUUGUUUCCUUUACCAACUCCUCCUUUGCCACAAGCGAUUGAAGCAGCUGAAAGACGACUAAUCGCUCUUGGUGCCUUAAAAGAGACUGUCAAUGCUUCUGGAGGCGUAUCUCGUACAAUUACGGACGCUGGUAAAUGGAUGACACGUGUUCCGGUUCCUGCACGCUUUGCACGAAUGUUAUUAUUUGCAAAUCAAUGUCAAUUAAUGCCGUAUGCUGUGAUACUAGUUGCUGCCUUAUCUGUACCAAAUCUCUUCCUCUCUCAAGUUGCAGAUACACCUGUCUCGGAACAAGAGAAAACUUUUCAGUCAAAUUUUGUCCAGCAGUUUGUCAGAAAAAAAGAAGAUUUAUAUCUGGGAGACCUUGCAGUACUACUGGGGACAAUAUGUUGUUUAGAGCGCUACUCAGCUCAGCUCAGUGGACUGACUCCUGCAGAACCUGGUAUAAUUGAAUCUGUUGGUGGGAAGACCUAUGUAUCACGUGAUCCUGAAGGUGCAUUGAGACAGCUCGUUCAUCGAUGUGGUGUCCGGUGGAAUGCAUAUAAAGAGGUUAAACAACUUCGUAAACAACUAACCGAUAUUUUGAAUGUGAUUAUUCCGGAUCUUGGUCUUUCGAUUGAUCUGUGUUUACCUAAACCCAGUGAUUUUCAAAUGAUCCAGUUGAGACAAUUGUUUCUAGUUGGUUCACCUUGUCAAAUUGCUAAAAAACUUAAUGUCUCUGUCACUGGUUUACCCGGUAAUGAGCGUCGUAGACUACGUUAUGCCUAUGAAAUUCCUGGCAAACAAGGACCCGUAUUUAUUGAUUCAAAUUCCACUUUGGCACGUGAAAAUUUCCCUUUCGUAGCUUAUUUGGAGCUACAUACCACUUCAAAACCAUUCUUACGUUCUGUUUGUGCAAUCGAUCCUGGAUGGAUCCCAUUCUUGGCGCCUCACAGUUAUGCUGUCAGUGAACUUGUACUGACAGAUAAUGUCGACACCAGUGAAAAUAAAUCUGGAAAUCAGAGCACAGUUAACGAACCAAAUAAUAGCGGAAAUGGUGAUGAUGAAGGCACUAAAUCUGCUGCCAAUACAUCUGUUACAUCAAACUCUGUUGUAUCCCUUCCCACUCCGCGUUAUGAUUCUGAACGCGAUAUUAUUGUUACAGGUGCGAAAUCUAUUAUAUAUAUUGGGUUGGGUGUUGUUCCCGAGUCAAGUGCACCACUGUUUGAUAAUCAGUUUUUGGAUCUGCCAAGCACGGUUCUUGUUCCUAUAAAUAGCAUUGCUGCGGCUCAAUCACUAGGUUUCAAAGAAUCAUUAACAUGGAGUGUCCGGUGGUUUACUCGUUAUCUUUUGGAAGGUGUCAUAUUCUCUGAAUUUAAAAAGUGGUUCCCUUUAAAAAUAAAAAAGAGUAUUUCACCACAAAUUGUAACUGUUUCAUGGGGGAUCAUUCGCCCUGAGGUACGUUCUAUAGUAUCUCUUCUUGUCACUGACAAGAUCGAUUCAAAGAGAAAACUAUUACAACAAUGGGAGUCUGACGUCCAAUAUCUUUCGAAAGAGCUGGCAUCAUGGAUACGCCCGGAAUAUGUCAAUGACUUCCAUGCAUCGUGGCCGCUGAUACAAAGUCGUCCCAUAUCCUAA